AUGUUAGCAGAAGAAAUCAGACAACAACUAAAGGAUUUAUUCACCUUAGAAGAAUACACUGACAUUCAUGAACUCAGCAAUGAUGAAUGCGUUCAGGGCAGCAAUCUCAAACAUUUUAGCUAUGAAUGGAUUGUUGCUGCAACAAAUAACUUCUCACCUGUCCAUAAAUUAGGACAAGGCGGUUUUGGAAGUGUUUAUAAGGGAGUAACAUCAGAAGGACAAGAAGUAGCUAUAAAACAAUUGUCAGAAAAUUCAAAACAAGGGCUCGUGGAGUUCAAAAACGAGGUGGUGUUGAUAGCAAAACUCCAACAUACCAAUCUUGUAAAGCUACUUGGUUUUUGCAUUCAUGGCAACCAAAGGAUGCUCAUCUAUGAGUUUAUGCCUAAUAAAAGCUUAGAUUUUUUCCUCUUUGAUCCAAAUCGAAAAGAGCAUUUGCCUUGGGAGAAACGUCUCAGCAUAAUUGAAGGAAUUGCACAAGGGCUGCUUUAUCUUCACAAGUAUUCAAGAGUAAGAAUCAUUCAUCGAGAUAUGAAAGCUAGCAACAUAUUACUUGAUGAGAAUAUGAAUUCGAAAAUUUCAGAUUUCGGUAUGGCUAAGAUUCUCCAGCAAAAUGAAACAAAAUCAAACACAAGGAGGUUAAGUGGAACAUUCGGCUAUAUGGCCCCUGAGUAUGCAAUGGAAGGUAUUUUCUCUACCAAGUCAGAUGUCUACAGCUUUGGAGUACUAGUGUUGGAAAUUAUAAGCGGCAAGAAGAACAGUUACUUCCGCAGUGAGGAUGGGCCAUUGAAUUUGGUCGAACAUACAUGGGAGCUAUGGAACAGAGAUGCAGUGCUACAAAUUGUUGAUCCAGCAUUAAACAACAUAUCUCUCAAGGAAGAACAGUUGCAGAGAUGCAUAAACCUGGGAUUGCUGUGUGUAGAAGACCUCGCAGUCGACCGACCAUCUAUGUCCGAUGUUAUUUCUAUGUUAACCAACGAGAAUUUGGCGUUGAAAAAGCCCAAGAAACCUGCAUUUGUCUCCAGAUACAGUGUGGUCCAUGGAUUUCAAGAAGACAGGUCAGAAAAGUUCACAGUGAAUCAACUCUCCAUUUCAGCAAUGGAGGCAAGAUAGUGUUGCAAUUUGAAAUGAAAUAUUUAUAUUGAAUGUAGUUCAUAAUGCCAAAAUCUCACAAAGUAUUCUUACUUUUCCCUUCUGAUUUUACUUUUCAACAUUCAUCUCUUAACAUGGUAAUAAAACACUGUAUAUUA